AUGCUCACGCGAGCUUCGAGGUGGUCUCGCAGAGCAGCCACCAGCCUGGCAUCGCCGAUUGCUACUGCGGCCAACCCCCUCCCAUCCACCUCGUACGCAGUCAUCAGCUUAGAGCCGCGCUCGCGUACGACCACAACACCAUCCACCGCAGCGCAUCGUCUGCUCAGCUCAAGUGCAGCGCGCAGCUUGCCCCGACAGCUGCCUCGUCGAGCCGCACCGGAACAGCAGCAAUACGAACACGACCAUGCAGAAGCAGUAACACCCUCCAAUGUGAGCGACGAGCUCAGCGGCACCGACCCCGCCAUCCCGUGGUUCCUCCAGACCGAGACCGUAGAUCCACCAGCAGAGCCUCAGCUCGAAGAAUCAACACCCGAGCUUGUGGACACAGCUGCCUCCAACGCCUUCUCCUACAUCCCGCUGCAGCCCAAGGUCGAAGAACCCAAGGCGGUGGCGGCGCUCAAGGCGCAUCUCGUCAGCGGGCCGUCGGCCAACUUGAUAGCACGCCCGAGCGACGAGCAGGACCAGCUCACCCCAGUUACGCUCAUCCACCCCGCUUCGCUGUCGCGGGAUCCGAGUGCAGAUGCGUACGGCGACAACGACUGGAUCGUCGUGGUGCAGGUCAAGAGCAGCGCGGCCGGCAGCGUGCGUCGUGUCGCCCUGGAUAUCGGCAGGUUCCUUAAGCACCUCCGUCCGCCCGCAAUGGAAGCUGAACUCGACCUAGACGCCUUCCUCGGUCCAGGUCCAUCGGCUCCCCGCUACCAUCCCACCACCCCGCCAUCCCAAUCAACCCAAGCCUCAGCGUCGGCGUCGACGGCCACACCCCGACCAAAGGGAAUGUCGAGGAUCGAACACGAGCUCGGAAAGAGUCUGCCCGACUGGGCGGUGCACCGCAUCGCACUGCAGAAGAAGUUCCCGGACGGAUGGAGGCCGCCCAAGAUCCUGUCGCGCGAGGCACAGGAGGGCAUUCGGCUGCUGCACGCAUCGGAUCCGGACCAGUUUGAUGUUGUUGAGCUCUCGCAGCGCUUCCGCGUCGGCGUCGAGAGCAUCCGCCGCAUCCUCAGAUCCAAGUGGGCCAUCACCGGCGAGGCGCGCAGUCGCCAAGACAGGCGUGCUGCCGAACGGGCGUCGGAGCGCGAAGAGUCCGAACUCGCCGAAAUCCUCAGACUGCAAGAGGCGGAACUCGUAGACGAGGGCGAGUCGCCCCAGAUCGAAGAGGACGAAAUGGCUGACGAGAUGCCCGAUGAUGAGGAGGGCAUUCAGCCCGUGCGGUACGAGGGCCUGGUCAUGUCGGCAGCCGAUGCAUCCGCGUUGGGCGUCACGAGCAGGACCAAGGCGGGAGGGAAGAAGGGCGACGGCAACUGGUGUCUCGUCGAUGCAGACUGGUGCAUGGUGCAUGUCAUGACCGAACAGGCGCGCUUCAACUACGACAUUGAGGGCAUCUGGCGCGAGCUUGAGGCGGGCAAACACGCCAAACCCAAGCCGUGGGAACAGGAGACCGCACAAGCACCGUCGCGGCCAAGGACCAAACGCGACGUGUUCGGAUCGAGUCUCAAGAAGAACAAGCCCCAACGGGCAGUGGGCAGGUUUGGAGACGAGAGGCGGUUGAGUACGAGUGCAAGACGCAAGGUAGAGGAGGUGCCAGAGUCGUUGGCGAGGGUCAUGGCGCGUGCGUACGAGUCGUUGCAGAGCGGAGAGGACAAGGUGCCCGUGCGGGUGGAGGGGUGGUUGCGGUCGACGCGCAAGCAAAAGGCGAUUACGUUUCUCGAGGUGACGGAUGGAUCGUUGGCGGGCGCGCGCUCGUUGCAGGCGGUGGUACGAUCGCAUCCGGACACUGCGGGGCUCACCGUGGGCACGGCGGUGCGUCUCGUCGGCGACCUUAAGCGCGGACGCGGUUCGAAACCAGGGCAAGAGGUGGAGCUGGAUGCACACACGGUCGAGAUGCUCGCGCGAAGCGACCCCACGUACCCGCUGGCGACGCUGACGCACAAGGUGGAGCAGGCAGCGUAUGCUGCGUCGCUGGCCGAACGGCGCAAUCCGCACCUGCUGGGGAGGCUGCCGCGGUAUGCGGCGGUGGCACGCACGCGCGACCGUGUCGAACGCGGCAUGGCAGCCUACCUCGCCACGCGCGACUUUGUCAAGAUCGCCUGCCCCGUCCUCACCGCCUCCGACUGCGAGGGCGCCGGCGAAGUGUUUCAGGUGGUCGCCGAUGCGGAUGUGCGCGCUCAGCAGCCGAUGCAGUCGUUCUGGUCCGGUAAACCGGCGUACCUGACCGUCAGCUCGCAGCUGCACCUCGAAGCCGCCGGCCUAGGCUUGGGCAGGGUGUGGACGCUCAACCCUGCCUUUCGCGCCGAGAGGAGUGCGACCAACCGCCAUCUGGUCGAGUUCUGGAUGGCCGAAGUCGAAAUGUACUUUACCGGCCUCGACGGCAUCCUCGACGUCACCGAGGGCAUGGUCAAGGCUGCCAUCCGCAGCGCGUUGGAGGGGGCAGAGGAUAUGGAGGCGUUGGGGGACACCCAGCAUAGGGAGCGGUUGGAGCAGGUGGUGCGGGACGAGUGGAAGAGGAUUACCUUCCGCGAAGCGUUGGACAUCCUCUCGCGUGCACCGGGGGGGACGUUUGAGGUGCAGCCGAGCGAGGAGGGGGGACUGGCAAGCGAGCAUGAAAAGUACCUGGCCGCGCAGAUGGGCCCGGUGUUUGUGACGCACUACCCGCUCGCGCACAAGGCGUUCUACAUGAAGCGCGCCGCGCCGCUCGAAGCGCACCUGGUCGAGUGCUUCGAUCUGCUCAUCCCCGAGCUGGGUGAGCUCGUGGGCGGAUCGGUGCGUGAACACCGCUCCGACGUCCUGGCGGACAACCUGCAACAGCUGGGUGCAAGCGCAGACAAGUUGGGAUGGUACACGGACGAGCUGAAGAGGUUCGGUGGAGCGGUGGAACAUGCAGGCUUUGGAAUGGGCGUCGAAAGGUUGCUUGCCUGGAUCACCAACACCGCCAGCGUCAAGGACGUCGUCCCCUUCCCGCGCACGAAAGGCCAGCUCCGAUUCUAG